UGCAGGACUCUGAAGAUGGCCUCGCUGUAUAUGGAGGAGAACAUUUACAACCUGCUGCCAACCCCGGAAGAGAAGAGGCCCGUCCAAACCAAGCAGCGCAGGUAUGUCUCCAAAUUCAAGCCGUCCGUCAAACGUGAAAUAGAGGAGAGGAAGACGGACCCCUGCCGAACGAUGGGGAUCCCCAAGCUCCAGGUCCCCACCCCAAAAGACUUCCUCCGGAAACACUCCAAGACGCCUGCGCUCCCAAAGCGCCGGAGGGCGCCUGGGAGCAAGAGGCCUGCGGAGGCCCGGGUGCCAAAGCGGACGGAGCCCCCCGUGAUGGGCAUCCAGAGCAGGAAGGACUACAUCUCCACCAAUGUUGCCGAGGCCAUCAUGGCGGUGGCCAAGAAGCCCCUCCGCGCCUGCGUCGACGUGCGCAAAGGGGACAAGUUCCUCAUCGAAAACUCCGGCCUCGUCAUAAAGUACCGCAACAAGAAGGGCCUCAAGACGAACUGGGAAGAGGUCAAUAAGGAGUUCCAGGCCCUCUCCGUGGUGAUCGAUUCGGUUUCGAGGAAACUCCGCAAAGAGAAAAUGGAGUUGGAGAUGAAGCAGCUGGAAGAGGACAUCAAGGUCCUGGAGAAGCACAAAAUCAUCUAUAUCAAGAAUGAAUAG